UGGGCAACAAUAUCCAGCACCAGCAGUUUUUGAAGGCGGGCAUAUUUCAAACAACAGCGGGCGGGCGCGGAAACAAAACCGGAGAAAAGAAAAAAGAGUGUCGGAUUUUUUUCGAAAUUCAGAAACGAAAAAAAAGUCCGCCGAUAAACCCCACAAGUACAUGUUGAUAAAAAAAGGAGAAAAAUCAAAAGAAUAUAUUAAAUAAAAAAAAAAUAUAUCAACAUAUCCACUAAAUAAAACUGUUGUGUUCGUAGCCCGAUCGAAAUGUGUGGCGGCAGCUAAGCCAGAAACAAAUCAGUUAACGUGACUAUCAAAUGAUUAAUUAGCCAGAGGUGAAACAGUGCUAUGUGAAACGAUAAGCUGAUUGGAUUUACGAAAAUUAAACAAAUUGUAAAACUAUUGAAGUGCCAGUGCCAAGGAAACCCAAAAAGAAAUUCGAAUAAAAUACAAAAGUUGUCACUGUCGCUGUCGCAAGUGCAAUAUAAAAAAUAUAUAUAUAUGUACAUAUUGUUAAUCGGAAUAAUAAUUGUACAUAACAUAAAGUGCAGCGGUAAAAAAAUUCCAAGAAAUAAAAUAACAUAAAAUAAGGUGUAUUGAGAAUUGCCGCUCGGAUUCGAUUGCAUUUUUGUGCGGUGUGGAAAUUUUUGUUGACGCCGCGCUUCGGCCCCGAGGAAUCAUAUGAAGCUUGAUUUCCGCUCGGAGUCUUGUUCGCCGACCACAGCAGAAAGCCCCAGACCCAGCCCCAGACCCAGACCCAGCCCCAGCCCCAUGUACGACUGCCGAAGAUAUUACGCACAAACCCAUGUUGGAUUAUAAUUUAUACCCUUAAAUUUGGGGGCUACAAUGCGGCCAGAAAUAUACAAUGUUACUACAGUUCACGCUGCCCAAUGUCAGGACUAUUUUUAUACUGAUGGUAAUGCUUGCUCUUGGGAUCAAAACAGGCGCAAAGAAAACGGACGAAUAUGUUUUAACGUUGAAGAAACACAACGAUCGUGCGCUGCACAUCAACGCGCACGGCAAAGUGACCGCCGAGGACAUAUCGCUGGCACAAUCCUUCACGAUGGACAGUGUGGGCGAUGCACUGAGCGUGGACUUCAAAAUCACCAUCUAUGCCAAGGAUGUGGACUACUAUCUGUGCUUUCAUCAAGGCAGACUUGUUGGAAAGAGAAACGCCACAAACGACUGCCACUUCAGGGAGUCACUGGAUCACGGCUACUAUCAGUUCACGCACGCCUACAAUCCGGUGCUGCAUGUGGGGAUCAAGCGCAACUUUAGGCCCAUCGGUCCGCGGGACCUGGAGCGCCCGAAUCGGAUGCGCAAUGCCUGUUUCCUGUUCUUCCGCUCGGAGGCGGAGCAUUUCCGCAGCAACAUGGCGCUGUUGGGUCCCAGGAAACACAAGUUUUCCAGCAAAACCACUAAAACGACGACCACGUCGACAACGACCACAACCACGCCCAGUACUACAACCAGCAGCACUACAGCCAGACCCACAACAGCCCCCACAACCACCCCCACCACCACCACCACCACCACCACCAGCACAACCCCCCACACAACCACAACCACAAUGUUGAGCCCAGUGCCAGUGUCGGGCACAAAACGCGUGCGUGGAAGGCCGCGUCGCCCUGCAGCAUCUUCGGCAGCAACCAGUAUUACUAGCGAUAGUUCUUCUAUAGCCCACAACAGCAACAGCAACCACAACAGCAAUAGCCUUAAGUCCUACAACCAAGCCAAUAGCAACAACAACAAGAAGAAAGACAACCACUUGGAUGACAUGUUGCAGGAGCAAAAAAUCAUCAAGCGAAACUGGGAACGGCGUCAGCACCGCCAGCAGCAGCAGCAGCAGCACCGCCUACGGCAGCGGCAGCACCACAGCGGCGGCGCCACAGUGGGGGCCAUGCAACAGCCGCAGCCGAAGAACCUGGAGGUGCGCCACCAUCACAACAACGCCACCCUCAUGGAGCGGCGACGACGCCGCCGGCUGGAGCGGCGCCGCCACAAGCAGCAGCAGCAGCAGUGGGAGCAGGAGCAGCGCGACACCGAGCACCUGCCCAAGGCCUCGUCGUCCGCCUCCUCGUCCUCCUCCUCGUCGACGGCCACCACAACGGCCCUGACGGCCACAGCGGCCUCGCUGGCCCCCUCCGCUUUCAAUCUGGUGGCCAUCCUGGCGGCCAGCAGUCGUAAGCGGGACAGGCGGAAAAGGUCUGCCGCUGCCGCUGCCACGGGAUCAGCGGGAUCAGCGGGUUCCGGUGCGGCCACAAGGGCGGACAUGCAGCUGGUGGAGAUGGCCUCGCAGCGCCAGCAGCAGCAGCAGCAGCAGGAGGAGCAAAACGAAUACUCAAGACCCUAUGUUAAUAGAAACCUAGAAACCCUAAGCCCAGAGCAAACCCUGCAGCUACCACCACACCUAAACGUAAGCCGUAAUCUAAACGUAGAUCUUAGUCUAUAUCUAAAUAGUGAUAGCGAUAAUGUUAAUAAUGCAAUACCUGCCUUGCCAAAAAACUACAACUACAACUACUUGUACAGUAACGAGCAUUAUAAUAUGAGUACUAAAAGUAGCACGACUGAUUCUAGUAGUUUAGAGACUAGCACUAAGUUCGAUAGUCCAAAUAGCCAUAGCCAUAGCCAUAGCCAUAGCCAUAGCCAGAGCGCGUUCAAUCAGAAUAUUGACAAUAAUCUUAAGCAAUCCAACGAUCGAAUUGACAGUGUGGCAGAUGAAGCCGCAACGAAAGUGGAGCCAGGGGCAACAGCGGAAGCGGAAACAGUUAUCGAAACUGUGGCGGAGUAUCGCAAUCAUAUUGAUGCUAAUAAUAUAGUCGACGAUGGCUCUCCCAUCGAGGAGGAGGAGCACGAAAAACAUAUUCUAAAGAAGCUUUUUCGUAGCCUAAACCUGCCACAGCCGCAGCAGCAGCAGCAGCCUCAGCAACAACAACCUAAUAUUGAUAACUAUAAUGCAAAUAUUAACGUUGUUAACGAUAACGAUAACGAUAACGGGCUGCUGAUCAAUAAUAACCAUAAUAGUAAUUAUAACGAGCAAUUUGCGAAUGACGAUGAAACGAUACGAAUUCAAAAUAAUAAAUAUGAAACACAUAUAGUACAAUACAAACCUGUGCUAAAAUGA